CUACAGUAAAGGUCUAGUACGGUUCGGUUACAAUAACAAUACUAAGUUAAUUAUUAAAAAAAAAAAACCAACAACCCGAAAAAUAUUAAAAAUUUUAAUGUAAAAUUAACAUAGUGUUUUAGAAAAACAAAAAUGCAUAAUUCAGCUUCAAAUAAUUUAGGAAUAAUAUUCCUUUUAAUUGUACAAUUUGUAUUUUUAUUAGUUUAUUGGCUUUGGGUUGAUUAUGAUCGUAAAUUAUUACCAGUUAAAGCGAAUAUAACAAAAUUAACAAAUGAUGAUCGUCUCAGUGCAUACGGUUAUAGUCAAUUUCAAGAUGUACAAGCAAUGAUAUUUUUAGGUUUUGCAUUUUUAAUGACAUUUUUAAAAAAAUAUGGUUAUAGUGCAACUGGUUAUACAUUAUUAGUUGCUGUUAUUGUUGGUCAAUUAUCAAUGAUAUUAAAAAAUUGUCAUAGAUUGGAUAAUGGUAUAAUGAGAAUUAAUUUGGGUGAUGUUAUUGAAGCAAAUAUUGCUGCAGCUGUACCAUUAAUUAGUAUGGGAGUAUUAUUGGGUCGUACAACACCAAUACAAUUAGCUGUAAUGGCAAUUAUUGAAACAGCAUUAUAUGUAUUAAAUGAAUGGAUACAACUUGAUAUAUUUGGUAUAUGUGAUCUUGGUGGUUCAAUAACAGUACAUGCAUUUGGUGCAUAUUUUGGUUUAGCAGCAAGUAUAGCAUUACGUAAAAAAUCUUCAACAAAAAAUAAUGAAGUAACAGCUGGUGCUGUUGUACAUGAUGAACCAUCAACAUAUAUAUCAGAUUUAUUUGCAAUACUCGGUUCAUUAAUAUUAUGGAUAUAUUGGCCAAGUUUUAAUUCAGUAUUAGCAAGUGGUGCUGAUCGUGAACGUGCUGCUAUUAAUACAUUCCUAUCAUUAAGUGCUGCAUCUUUAACAACAUUUGCUUUAUCAGCAUUAUUAAGUGAAGAGAAAAAAUUUGAUAUGGUACAUAUACAAAAUUCAACAUUAGCUGGUGGUGUUGCUGUCGGUUCUGUUUGUAAUUUAUUAAUUGGACCACAUGGUGCUGUAUUAAUUGGUAUUACAGCUGGUGUAUUAUCUGUUAUUGGUUAUAGAUUUAUAUCACCAUUUUUGGAAUCAAAAAUUGGUUUACAAGAUACAUGUGGUGUUAAUAAUUUACAUGGUAUGCCUGGUAUUUUAUCAGCAUUAUUUUCAAUAUUAUAUGCAGCACUAGCAACACAAAAUAAUUAUAAAGAUAGUUUAAAAGUAAUAUUCCCAGCAAUGGGUGAUACAUCUGAUGAACCGAUUAUGUUUGUUGGUGGUUUACGUAGAACAGCAUUACAACAAGCUGGUUAUCAAGCAAUCGGUAUUCUUGUUACUGUUAUUUCUGGUGCAAUUGGUGGUCUUAUAACUGGUUUAAUAUUAAAAUCAAAAUUAUUUAGAAAUCUUGAAACAAAAGAACAUGAUAAAGAUCAAGAAUAUUGGAUGGUACCAGAAGAUAUGAAAGAAGAAUAAAUUAAUUACUUUUUAAAGCUGCAAGCUGAGUGAUGUGCCUAUAUGCCUUUUAUCAUAUCUCCAUCAAAAAAAGAAAUUUUUUUUUUUUAUAAUUUAUACAAUACUUUGUAUUUAUAAAUUUACAAAGUAUUGUAUAUACUAUUUACAAUAUUUAUAUAAAAAUAUUAAUUUAUUGUUGCUGUUGAUGUUGUUGUGCUAAUUAACAAUUCAAACACAUAUAGAUUAUACAAUGUUGUUUCAAAUAUUGUGUUAGAAUAAACGAAAAUAAUUAAAAUUUAAACUACAAAACGAAAAAGAUGUAUUGAAUAUUAAAAUACAAACAUUAUGUAUACUAAAAUUUAAACAUAGACCUAGUAAUAAAAAUAUA